AUGGAGCGCGGGUCCUCUGGCCUCUCUUUCAUCAACACUAAGAGCGCGACCAACAACCUCCCGAACAAGUCGUCCGCGGGAAUCCUCUCGGAUAAGUGGUGGCCUGAGAGAUCGCUGGAUGUCACGCACAGGUCGAACGGCACUUCGAGCACGACGGCCCCAAUUGCUGCCUUCGUCGUGGCGCGUAGCGCCACGUUGCCCUCCGCCGCCUCGAACGCUUCGACUAUGCCCUUGCCCACCAGCGCGGCCGACGCUUCCUGCAGGCGGAAAGAAUCAGUAACGUUGGUUUCGAUGUACUGUGGUGUGGACAGAUUGUAUUUCGACAUGGCACAAUGA